UUGAGGAUUAAUCUCCCCAGGACUUGCGUGGGUCCACGAUCGCCGUCCUCCCGCACCGUCGGCUCCGCCACCUUCUCCUCCCUUUCUCGCCGCUGUCUCCUCCACCGGUGGCCGCUGUCAGCCCCUGGCACCACCAAGUGUAGCCAGCUAUGCUGAGAAGGAUAAAGGUGCAGAUUUCUCACAUAGAAAGGCUUAAUUGCUGCCUCAAUCGAAGCUACGCUUUUGCUGCUUCUUCUUCAUCUUCUGGUGCAUUGAGUGGAGGAGUGGAUGAUGAUGGUGGCGAUGGCGAGUUGUAUUCGGACGUGCCGAGGCCUCCGAGGCGGAAAGCCGAAAGAAAGCCUUUCGUGACCCCCAUGAAAGAGCUGAUUCGGAGGGCGAGGGAAGAGAGAGAAGCUCGAAAGUUGCAGCCCUGUCUCAUGCUCGAGAACCCGCCCGAGAACGGGUUGCUCGUGCCCGAGCUCGUCGAGGUGGCUCACCGUGUCUAUCGCGCUCGAGGGUCUCUACUCAAGGGUUUAUCGGAGCUCCUCAAGGUUGUUCCGGUACAACGUUGUAGGUUCUGUUCUGAAGUUCAUAUCGGUCAUGUUGGCCAUGAGAUCCGUACAUGCACUGGUCCAAAUAGCGGUCUUCGUAGCGCUACCCAUGUAUGGAGAAAGGGCGGUGUUCAAGAUGUUGUAUUUUUCCCUAAGUGUUUUCAUCUCUAUGAUCGUGUUGGGAAACCAAGAGUUGGGCAUGAUGAGAGGCACAGAGUCCCAAGAAUUCCUGCUGUUGUAGAGCUUUGUGUACAAGCUGGUGUAGACCUUGAAAAGUUUCCCUCAAAGAGAAGAACAAAACCGGUCUAUUGUAUUGAGGGAAGAAUUGUAGACUUUGAGUCUGUAAGUGAAACACACAAAAUAGACAGAGACAUGUUUGCUGAAUCAGCAAUCAAAACGGAUGAAAUGGGAAGGGAUGUUGUUCCAUUGAGAACCAGCUAUAUUGAAGAAAGCAAAUUGGACAUCUGGAGUAAUUUAACUGAUGAAGUAGAAAACAUAAAGCAAUUGAGUGUGUGGAUGCUGGAGUGGUGGUUUGAAAUGAUGGAAGGAGUGAAAAGGAUAAUGGAAAGUUAUACCGUGUGGACCUGCGGGUACUGUCCUGAGGUUCAGGUGGGUCCCAAGGGCCAUAAAGUUAGGAUCUGCAAGUCAUCAAAGCACCAAUCUCGCAAUGGUUUGCACGCAUGGCAGGAAGCAACAAUAGAUGAUAUUGUUGGCCCUAAUUAUGUCUGGCAUGUCCAGAAUUUAAAUGGGCCAGCUUUGAAUAACAACUUGAAGAGGUACUAUGGCAAAGCUCCUGCUGUGGUAGAGCUCUGUGUGCAGGCUGGUGCCCCAAUACCCGAUUGCUACCGAAGCAUGAUGAGGGUAGAUGUCGUACGUCCGGAUUGUGAUGAAGUUGAUCUUGUUGCUUGAGAAGUUAUCAGUACAGCAGAAGUUGGAUAUAAAGUUCUGGGUAUUAUCGUGCUAUUAUUGUGGGAAAUGCUUUCGGUACACUGCUGGUGGAGAAAGUAUUGGCAAAAUGAGAUCUUCUUGAUGACUGAAGAUAUGCUUGACUUGACCAUUGAAACAAUAUGAAUUAUGGGUUACUGCCCCAUUAUUCAGUAACCGUCUUGAACUGCUAUCUCAAAAGCAUUAGAUAGAUUGUUUCAACUGGUGAUGAAUCUUGCUAAUUGGGGGUUUCAAUCUGGGAGGUCAAAUGGAACAUGUGGAACUUGAACUAGUCCCUUUUUUUGGCAAAUGGGUAGCACAAGAGUCAAAUUUACUGCAAUAUAUUAGAGAGUUUCCCCUGAGCAUAUUCUUAAUGAGUCCACACUGGGCGUUCUUUAAUGUGUAUAUGCUUCUUUGAUGCUUCCAUACUGUUUUCUCUGCUGGGCCACACUACUAUUGCUCUAGCCACAAAGCUAUGGCAGCUCCAUCUUGCAAACUCAGGGGCCCUCCCUGUGAGGCCGGAAUGAGCUCUGCAUCAGUCCCCAUUGAAUUUCAUUAGGGGCUCUUUUGCUUUUGCCAAAUCUAGAGAAAUAUUAUAAGCUCUCCAUCUUUUUCCACCCUUUGAGGAAGGAGGGGGCAGCAUUGUGUUUCAGAUUGAAAAUAGGCAUCUGAGCCAUGCUUGGGUAAAAACUGAAUAUUGCUUAGAGACUUUCUUUGUUGUUGAAAUUGAAACAAUAAGAACAGAUUUUUGUUUGAAUAGGACUGCAGCCACUUCAUACUUAUUUCAAGUAAAUUUUUGUUGUAUUUGACCUUGUACAGAACUCAAAUUUCUAUUGUUCUUGUCGUCUCUGGUCUUAUAUGAGUAUGGCUAUGGCGCAUUUAUGUGUAUGACUGUUUAUGAGAUGUACUUGUUACUUUAUGUAUCAUUUGCAAUUGGCCUUAUAUAGACACAAAGAUUCUCA